UUCGAAUACGCGCCAUAAUAUAGGUAGUCUGAAAAAAGAAGCUGUGUAAACUUGUCGCAUUCGCCUAUUUACUUCGUUUUCGGUGUCUUAAUCGAGGAAGUUUUAACAACAAUGGCAAGCAACUCCGGAUUAAAUCUAGAAAUGUUGACGAAGUCAAGCGUCACGUCUUUUGUACAAUGCGUCUUGGAAUUGGUUGCAAAUUCUUUGACUGCUCAUGCUGCAGCAAUUGCUAUAAGAAUACAUACAGAAAAGCGCCAAAUCCAAGUUAUUGAUAAUGGUAUUGGAAUACAGAAAGAUACUUUAAACCAUAUCGGAGAAUAUGACUCAAAAGCUACAAAUAAUCAGUAUGGGAUGUAUAAUCUAUCUGAAUCAAAUAAUCGUAUGUUAAUAAGCAUUCGUCACUUGUCAGAUGCUUUUACUAUAGCUUCAAGGUAUAAAGAUUUGAUGGAGACAUUUAUGAAGAUGUACAAAGUAGGCAGUACACCUGAUUUAGUACGCAUAGAGCAGAGACCUUCGCAAGGUACAACCAUAUCUAUUUUUGGUUUUCAUGAAAUACCACUAAGGAAAAACUCAGACUUAAAUACUAUAUGUUGUUUUAUCGCAGCCAUAGCUGUUGCAAAAUUAGAGGUAUCAUUCUCAAUUAGAGAUGAAGAACAAGAGAGAGUUGUAAUGAGGAUCGCUAAACCGCACAGUCCAAUUGAUGUCUUGAGAACAUUAUUUGGAAAAAACUUGCCAAUGAAUCAUAUAUGGUCGAUACAGUGCGAUGCAAAAUAUAAUACGAACUAUCACGGCUAUGUAGGACUAUCCGACAAAAAUGCGAUGCAAUACAUAUUUCUAAAUUAUAGGCUUAUCAAUUGUUCUUCUAUCUUGAAGUUGAUUAUAGCCGGCUUUAAAAAAAACCUCGAUUUAUCGUUUUACCAAAAAUUUAACGCUCAAAGUUUGCAAGAUGAAAAUAUCUUUAUUUUGCUCUUUAUUACACUCACACAAGAUGAAUUUGCAUUUAUUACUGAGAAUGGCAAAAAACUCUUAAUGUUUCGUGAUAUGCAGAAGAUAUUAAAUAGCAUUAAAACUUGGACGUUCAAUUGUGUCGCGGAAAAAACCACAGUUUCUGCCAGUACGACUUAUUCAAAUGAUGCACAGUUAUUGAAACAAAUAUGUUUAAAACCAGAAGGAUCUAUCUUCGACAAUAUUGACAGAUGUGUUAAAAAUAUUACACCUUUAAUGAGAAGAAAAAUUAUCAUAACUGGUAUUAAGAGAAAAGCUACUAUAUCAAAUCUUGCAACUACUUAUUCCGAUAAACUACGGAAAAAAAUUAGCGAUAUUAAAAUCGCAAAUCAUCAAUCUAAUCGAACAGAUAUUUUUUACGCAAAAUAUAAAAAAUCACUUGGAAACCAAAUUACCAAGAAAUCGUAUAAUGAUAUUGAUAAAAUACAAGCAUAUAAUCCUGCGAUAACAAAUAAUGGGGCUAAGAUAAACGAUCAUCAUAAUAGUGAAAACGACGAUUUUACGAAUAUCUCUCUUUGUUCUGACUGGUCCAAUUGGACUUACUAUUCAAAUAACGAACGCAAUUCUGUGAGAAAUGUCCAAGACAUAUUUCCCAAAGAAGACCCACGCUACCAACAACUCUUUGAAUAUAUCAGAUCAUUUGAUUUUCUACCUCAAAAGUUGUAUAAUCUCUUACGAUAUCAUCAAGACAAAAUAACAAACAUAAAGUACGUUAAUAACUCUAAUAGUACAAUCUCAUUUCCAGGAAGCUGGCAACAUGAAAAAGUAGAGAUAUAUCCGUGCAAUUUGAAGAAAAGAUUAUGUGAACUCAGAUUGUCGCAUGCCUCAUUGAAGUGCAUUAAGGUCAUUAAUCAAAUUAAUGACGAAUUCAUUGCCGCGUGGAUGAUGUACGAUCAAAUGAAAGUACUAUUAAUGAUGGAUCAACAUGCUGUUCAUGAGAGAAUACGUUACGAAGAUUUACUUCUCAGAUACAAAGCACAGAACGAAGGUGGGCUGCUCUCUGUGAACUUGCGUAAUCCUCUAACUAUAGAAUUUCCUACACAGACGUGUAAUUUACUUUUAUGUCAUAAAAUAUUAUUAAGGAAGUACGGAAUCAGCUUAGGAUCGUUGAGGAAAAAUACAUUGUUAAUACGCUCAAUACCGCAAUGCUUAGUUGCGAGUAAUAAUCAGUGUAACAGUGAAAAAAUAUCAUCAAGAAUUUAUAGUCUGUUAAAUGACAUACUGGAGAACCGUAAUGCGGCAAAUCAUACGAGCACAUUGCCAUUAACUAUUCAUAAUGCCAUAGCAUCGGAAGCUUGUCAUGGUGCCAUCAAGUUCGGCGACAAACUAACUUUCGAGCAAUCUACGUAUCUAAUAAAGUUACUAAGAGGUACAAAAUUUCCUAAUCGAUGCGCACAUGGACGGCCGACUAUAAUACCGAUGAUGGAGCUUUCGGAACUAGAAAAAAGGAACAUCAGGAUGCGUGAGCAUAGAAACUAAAUUAGCUAAUAUUAUAUUGGCAAUCUUUGCUUUAUUAAGUGGAGAUAUAUUAAAUACCUGACGGACUAUAUGGUGGCGGAUUAUUCGCUGACGGAUUGUAUCCGGAUUGAACAUUCGUUGCACUAGUUUUGGAAGCAUGUUCAGAUACCGGAGCCGAAGGCUUAACAUUAGUACUAGUCGCUUUGUUGUUAUUACUUGGUGGUACAUUCCAUCCUAUAUUAGUCGGAGUUGAACCUGUAAACGUAUAAAAUUCGUUAUUAUUAGAGGUAUGAAGUCCGAUGAAGAACAUGUGAGACGUGUGAAGCCAUAGAAGGCCAUUCUUUAUAUGGAGAAGUGUGACUCAUCGGAUUUGGUAAAAGAUUUACCGCGUAGAUACAUAAAUAUUUACAAGGCACGGCGCAAUUCUUUGCGGGAUAAAAUGGAAAGAAACAACUCGAUUAAAAUUUUUCUAAAAUGUUAACAAUAUUUACUUGUUUAUUCAAUAGAAUGAUAAUAUGAAACAUUGCUUUUCUUUCAUUACCAAUAGUACAAAAUAAUAGAGCCUAAUAUAGUAGAACAUGAAUAGAAUUUCGAAUCUAUACAAAAAGAAUAUGACAGUGAAUAUAUAACAGAAGUUCGUAUAUAAUAAAAUAUCGAGAUUAUAGUUUGUUCUUUUUCGAAGGACUUUCUGAACUAAUGUACAUUGGUGCUAUAAGUUAGAGUGAAACAAAAUAUACAGUGUACAUCAGUGUUCAGAAAGUUUUUCGAAAAAGAACAGACUCAUUAUUACUUACCGCUUUGUGUAUUUCGAGGUCGCUGCGUCGUUCUUGUAGAGUAUCUUCGGUUUGCAAAACUCGAUGACCCUCCACUACCACUUCUACGUCCACCACCAGACUUGCGUCCAUCGGUAUCUGCUUUAUACAGUGAUAAGUGGUGUGUGUGUGUGUGUGUGUGUGUGUAUGUGUGUGUGUGUGUGUGUGUGUGUGUAUGUAUAAAAUAUAUAAUAUAUUAGAACUUAUUUAUUCAGAAUUUUUAAAUCUGUCUAAUAUUGAACCGAUACUCCUUUAUUCACAUACAACUUGCAUAUUAUACACAGACAAUUUAAAAGAGGAAUCGAGAUAUAUAAAGAAAAUAGAAAAUGUUUUAAUAAAAACCACGGAAAUAUUUGAGAUAUUUUUAACUCUUAUUGGGCUUAUAGAAUGAUAUUAGGCUGAAUCGAGGUGUUACGAUUUCUCUUCUACAUCACAAAACGCACUGAUUGAGUAACUGUCUAUCAAGCUAUCUAACUUGGUGUUCUCUUUUAAUUCUCGUGAUUCAAUACUAGUGCAGAGAUUAUCAGACCAAUUGUGUUCUUCAACAGAUUAUAUAAUCUAGUAACAAUUGUCUAUUCGUUGGUAGACUUAAUAUUAUAGCGUUCAAUAUGCGAGAUCGUAUCUAUGUCAUGACGCAAGGAAAAUUCAGGGUCGAAUUCAUCUCAAAAUUGUUCCAUAGUUUAUGUACUAUGCAUCUCCAUAGACUGGAUCUAGUGAAUGUGCUAUAUCCAGAUCGUUCAAAACCAAAUUAAGUUUCUCUCAAUACAUCUACCAAUAUAGAGCGAUUAUGAUGCGUGAUGAUACUCUCAUGAAAGCACAAUUUUAUUUAAUAACUAUAUAUGAAUCUUAUACUAUAUGUUGAUACUGCGUUAAUUUAGUAUCGUAUUAUUCAUAGCAAAUUUUACAACUUUAUAAUUGUUUCGAACAAACAGUGCGUUCAAAAUGUCAACAUUUUUUUCGCGUGAAAUUAUUUGGAUAAUAGAAAAAUUCGCAAAUGCAUCUGAAACAGUUCCUAUAUAUAAUUUUAUGUACGAUUUGUACGUAGCUUUCCAUGAGAACAAGCAGUCUAUGACGCGUGUGCGUAGUAACAUAAAUGUAAUAAAUGCCGACAAGUGAAUAAUAUCGUCUGAAGAGUACACGUUGGCGUAUCUGAGUAACAUGAAAGAGCAAUUUGCCUGGUGAUUUCAUCUAUUACGCACUCUAGAUUUGUCAGUCGAUAUAUCAUCGUUUCAGGUGAAUUAUAUGUUUUAAAUCCUGCUUACGUGAUUGCAUCCGUAAAUUUUCUAUCGCGUGAAGAAGGAUUACAUUUCGUUUUAUGUUAAAUUCGUAUUUUAUAUAAAAAAUGUUCUUUUUUUGUUGCCAUUUAAUUAACGGAGAUUACAUUCAUUUCCGUCUUCAUGAAAACUAAAAGACUCUUGUAUUUUUUCACGUAUAACUCGACAAACUUGAAAUUAAAAUUUAAAAACACAUUGCAUUUUUACGACAUAAUGUAUUUUUGCAUUACGUCACAUUCACACGUGUAUUUACAUGACGCAUCGAACGUUGUGUAAUUCAAACACUUUCAUUAACGAACAAAUUGUGCCUUUAUCGUUUGUUGAAUAAAUGUGACAAUCAGUUCUACUGAUAGUACCUCUUAAUGGACGCCCAUUGCAUGUAAUAAGAUGGUUUCACUGAUUUAAAGUCGAUCUUUUCGUUUUCACAACGAAAUUACCAGUACUUCUUGAAUCAUAAGUGACUGAAAGUGAAGGGGUUUCCGCGAAACAAGUUUCUGUAGUGCAUAUAUAACACAAACUGGAUGUUCACUCAAUUUCCACCAAACUUAAAACAUAACUUCAACUUGAGAUACUCAACAUAUUUUUAUUUAAUUAUAUAUUUACAUUUAUUUAAUUUACUGUUUGUGUAAAUUACAUAAAAAUAUAAACAACGAUGUAAUGAGAAAAAGAAAUAAGUUUAUAAAAUUUUCAUUAAAAAGAAAACUCAGGAAUAACCUUGGAAAGAUCUUGUCAUGAAUAUCCAAUUAUUCACAUGCAAGU